CCGGAGACACAAGUUUCAUACGAAAUGCAGCCAGUUUCUUGCAGUCUGCUCUGAAGCUCAGAGUGAGAACAGUGAUAGUGAUGAGGAGCUGGUGAACAGCAAGGAAGAACAGACCAAACCAAUGAAAAGGAACGCAAAGAUACUGCAAAGACGAAGUGGCAAUGAUAAUAAGAAGGACCAAACAGUAUUGCCUUAUGAGAAUCGUUCUGCUAAGGGUCAAAAGGACCGCAGUUUUUGUCAUUUAUGUGGCAAAGGAUUUCAGUACAUCGGCUCCUUGAUGAAGCACAUAAAAACACACGAGAGCAAAACUGAUUGUACUGUUUGUGGGAUGACGCACCAGUCUACAAAAGACUUGGUGACUCAUUUGAAGGGUUGUCACAACAAAACAUAUUUUUGCGACGUUUGCGGCAAGACUUUUGCCAGUAACCGUUGUCUCCGGCUGCACGAAAGAAUUCACACGGGCAUAAAAGAGUUUGCGUGUCAAGAAUGUGGCAAGAUGUUUUACCGCAGAGAGCAUCUCAUUGUCCACGUGAGGACCCAUUCUGGGGAGAAACCGUACCACUGUGACAUCUGCGGGAAAGCGUUCAGCCAGAGCCAGAACCUCACAAUUCAUAAGAGAAGUCAUUCGGGAGAGAGACCAUAUCACUGUGGCCUGUGUGGCAAACUUUUUAACACUAGCAGUCACCUCAAAACGCACAUGAGAUACCACUCUGGGGAAAAACCGUACCCGUGUGAUAUUUGCGGUAAACGUUUUCGCCAGAGCGGACAGAUGACAAGACACAGGACCACGCACACUGGAGAGAGGCCAUAUGCCUGUCACAUUUGUGGCAUGAGGUACAGGUUUGCGCCAAAUCUUAAGGUGCACCUGCAAACUCAUGAAAAGGCAGCCGGUGAGUGAAGACAGUUGAAGAAUGGGUUAUGUGUAUUGUAUG